GUGGUCGCAGCGGCUGCUUGUGCUGCGCGUGCAUCGUCUGUGUUUACAAUUCUGAUUUUCUCAAUAAAUCCUCGAAUUGUGUCGACGGACUCAUCAUUCUCAACCCUCCGAAAUAGUUCUCAAGGCCCCUGUUCAUUUCUCCAUUCAAAAUGGUGCAGGCAGCGGCCUUGGAGGAAAUGCUGGAGAAAGACUUGCCACAGGCCAUGCGCUUGUUAGCAGAAAUGAAUCAGAGUGUUGAAUCGGUGACGAAGCUGGUGGAUAACAUGUUGAGUAAAGUAAAGAAAGGAGAGAUGUCUACUGAUUCGGGAUUGAGCUUUUUGGAAAUGAAGUAUCACAUGCUCCUUAGCUACCUCAUCAACAUCACAUAUGUGGUUUUACGAAAAGUUUCUGGUCACAAGAUUGAAGGAGAUCCUGCCAUUGACCGGUUAGUGGAAAUUAGGACAGUUCUUGAACGAAUUCGCCCGAUUGAUACCAAAUUAAAGUAUCAAAUUGACAAGCUCGUUAAGGUAGCUGUAACUGGGUCAACUGAUGAAAAUGAUCCCAGUCGAUUCCGGGCAAAUCCUGACAACUUUGCGAGCAAGUUGGAUAAUUCUGAUGAAGAGGAUGACAGUGAUGAAGACUCAGAUGGAAAGUCUGAGAGCAAAGACAAGAAGCCUGGCGUCUAUGUUCCUCCCAAAUUAGCAGCUGUUCAUUAUGAUGGCGAUGAAACAGCACUGACAAGACAAGAGAAGCAAUUAGAGCGUGCAAAGAAACGAGCUUUACAGAGCUCAGUCAUGCAGGAGCUGCGAGAAGAAUACAUGGACACUCCCACAGAAAUAAGUCAAGUUUCAGCCGGUCAGACAGCGCUGUCUCGUCAGCAGAAGGAAAGAGAAGAGUAUGAAGAAACAUACUUCACUCGCCUGCCUGUCACCAAAGAACAGAAGCAUAAGUCUCGCCGCCUCGCAACUUUGGGUACCCUGGGUGAUGAUUUGACUCGAUUUGGAGAUAUCAGUGUGUUAGAGGGGGGCUCAGGAGUUUCUCAGGGCAAAAAACGCAAAGCUCCAUCAGGAAAGGGCAAAGGCAAAGGGAAAGGAAAAGGAAAAAAGACAGGAAAGAAAAGGAAGCUAAAUUAGUGUUGGCUGCCGUCAUCAGAUUGUCAGUAUUCUGGUGCCAUCUUGAAGUUGGUUCUUCUUUCUUCCUUUCUUUCUCUUUAUUUGUUUAGUUGUUGUUGUUUUAUUUUUUCAUUCUUGAUGAUGCUGUAAUUUAUUUUGAAGUGUUUUCUUUCUCUCCAUUAUUUGAAGUUAAUUUUUUCUACCUUAUAAUUUUUGCAUAGUAUGUAUUGGCCCUUCAGUUUUGGUCAGAUUGGAUGUCCUUAAGAUUUCCAUGAAACUGGAUUUAUAUGCCCUGUUUGCCUCUAAGAUAUAUUGACAUGAUGUUUUGAAACUGAUGCACAGAAUCAUGAACUGUUUUGUAGGCCCUUCUUCUUCAAAAGAGGUGAAAACAUGUGUUUGCCCUCUGUUAACUGAAACUUGGAACACGGUAAUUUCACAAAGACUGAGUAGUGUGAGUAAAUAGGGUUUCUGUUAAACUCACACUAACAUUGAUGUACAUAUGACAAUGAUAUUGACAAUGAAAAUAAAUAACUAUUGUAUAUUUUAAUUGUGAGCAUGGUGCUGGUCAGUUCUAGGUAACUUUCUCCCAGCUCAAAGUACAACCAUUUGUCAACUUUUCAAAUUUAUUUGUAUUAGAGGUAACUCUUUUACCAAAGAAUUGUUCAGUUCAUGCCUUUAAGUAUUUCUUAUCAACUACUCAGUCCUUCCUUAGCUGAGUAAAUACUGUAAUAAGGAUUUAAUUUGUUAUAAAGUUACAUUUCUGUUACAACCACUGUUUUUGUGACUCAGGUUUAAGCAGCAUUCACACUUAAUUCUGGUAAAUGAAUUGGUUGAUAGAAAAUCUUCUUUAGACUAUAUUUUUAUUAUAUUUUUAUAUAAGACUUGAAUUGUGGUGAGCCUCUUUGUACUGGAUUUUCAGAAUAGCACUAUUGGUAAAUACUCAUGAUAAAAAAAGUGUAAUAAUUUUCAUGUUUCAAAGAGAGUUAUUUUUCAUACUGUGGUAAAAGUGGCUUCAAUGCUGUUCUGAAAAAAUAUAAAAUAACACACAAGA